AUGCGCCACGGCAUUCACACGACUACCGGUUUAGCUUGGCACUGCGACAUGGGAAUCGAUCCUCUCGCGCUUCACGUCCGAUCUCUGGCGGCUACUGGUGGCAGCAUCUUCGUGGCAUCGUCGUGGACGAUAUACAAGGAACUUGUAGCUGUGUAUGCUGAAGUCCUCAACGCACUGCGUGUUCCGAGCUGGCCCAUCCAGAUGUCUGGUGAUCCUCCGCGCUACAUUGUCGCGCCUCUGCUGCACAUUAGCAGGGACAAGAUCAUCAUCAGCGUUGACCCGGAACGUCUUGGGCUCCACCCUGCAACAGCCAAGACUGGCCUUCGAGGCCCUCGAACUUCUCUCGAACUUGGCGUCCAAUACCGCCAUCGGCUCGACACGAGGGAGGGAGACAUGGUCUUCAUCAACAAUUUCGCCCUCUUGCACGACCGAGACUCCUACGUCGAUCUUAAAUACGGGCGUCACUUUGUCCGACUGUGGCAUCGGAACCCGGAGCUGGCUUGGUACCUCCCCAGAAUCCGCGGGGCUCGAGAAGUGGUACCCCGUCGUGCUACCUUUGAGUACAAGCCGCCCAAGUACACAGCCGGUUCUGCCGCCUUCAUCCUCGAGGACAGUGAAGACGUCAACGGCAAGGGCUUGAUUUAG